AUGGACAAGUCAGGUGCAAGAUAAGACGCAACCAAGAUGAAGACGCACCCUUGCUUAAGAAAUUCGGAGGCUUACGAUGAACCAACGUGAAUCGUUUUUUUAACGAUAGCGUAGGUCGAACCGACAAGAUGCGAUGAUGAACCGAGUUAAAAUCUCGCGUAAAUCCCUACACGCGUGUAUCGUACGCACGCACGCACACACACACAAAGACACAUACAUGGACUCUGCUGUUUCGUGCGCGUAGCAAAGCGAGGGAGUCUCGAAGAGGCGGUCUUCAGUUUCGGUUAAGCAUUCAUCGAAGAAAGAAUACAUCUCAUUCCCGUCUCCACCUACGUCAUUCGCCCUAAGUUGUCCCCAAGUCACCCCGAGGUUUCGGCUUCCGGCUUAAAGUUUCAAACGUCCACCCACAUCGUUCCCGAUCCUCAGCAGCGUGCUCGAAGGACUUCCGUUCUCCAAACAAUAUGUCCCGUCGUCAUUUCGGGAACAACCUCGGUCAGGAUUACGGGGAAGAUCGGCGAUGGAAAUCCGAGAAAUUUGAAAUCGAUACGCGAAUCUAAUAAAUCGAACUAAAAUAAGAGAAGAAACGAAAAUGCGAAGGUCGUUUGAUGUUCUAUUAUGUGUCACGUGAUAGUGCGUAUGAUGUGAGGUAAUACGAGUGUUUUAUCAUGAAAGUCAUCCACGACAAUCUCUCGGACUUUCGAUAAAAACCACAUUUGUGAAAAUAUCAAAGAUCCAAUGGCGUCCGUAUUAGGGGCGGUUGUACCGAGGAUCUCUCUCGUCGAAGUAAUACCGAUGCAAUUAGCGUGUCGAUGGUAAUUGACACCUCGUAGCAAAGGAGAGAGAGAGCGUCAAACGAGUGCAGAGAAUUAUUUUCUCCAACUGGAGAGGGUGAUUUUCGUUCAUUCAUUGUUUAUCUGUGUACACAGACGCGCGAUGUAUGCACGAAAAGUGGCGAAAAAAAGAGGCCUCUCCUCUUCUGAAACAAGAACAGAUUUAUCUGUGAAUGUAUCCAAUCAACAGCUGUCAGACGUAAUAGCGUCGUCGAUCUAUGGAAGUUCCGAGAUCAAGGCGUGCAAGGAUCAUCCGCAUAUCUGCGGAAAGGAGGCGGCUUGUCGCACCUUCUCGGACAGCACAUCACAAUGCGUGUGCCCUCACGAUUUGUCGUCACCAACGCCGGAUUUAAGAUGCCCAAAUCGUGUAAUCGUUCCUCUAACACCUCGUCCAAUACACAACAUAAUCCCACCAAGUAACAACAAUGGCACGAAUAGUACGAACGGGCUUCCGGAGGCUGAGCAGGUGGAAGAAUUAAGAUACAAAGUACCUGAAAUAGUAGGAGUAGCUAUAGCUUUCGUCGCGGUAAUAAUGCUUUUAUUGAGUAUUGUCUAUGGUGUAAGAAGACGGAGUUACAGUGUCAAAUCUCAAAGAAGUUCUUUAGAUGGGACUCCAAUAAAUCUGAAAAAAGGGUUAUUAUUAGCGCAUAAGUAUACGCCUAAUCCUCAAUAUUUCACCUGCACUUCCCCUGGGGUUCUGAUCAUACAACGGGAGAGCCUCACAUUUCUACAUGACAUCGGCGAAGGAUGCUUUGGAAAGGUUUACAAGGGUGAAUGGCACAACGGAGACAUGAAGGAGAUCGUCGCUAUUAAGGUCUUAAAAGAUACCGCCACGCCCGAGACCGAACAAGACUUUAUGCGAGAAGUAGACAUUAUGUCCACGUUUAGUCAUACGAACAUCUUGUCCCUGAAAGGAAUGGUGCUUCGAGAUGCAACGAAUAAUCCGUGGAUGGUGUUCGAGUAUAUGCCAUACGGUGAUCUCGCCGAGGUACUACGAGCCAACUCCCCGCAAUUAAAAUUGUCGAAACCUGGUGUGCAAUCAUUAACAAAGAAUUCGCUGCAUUGGAUUUCGAUACAAAUAGCAGCUGGCAUGUGUUACUUGUCGGCGCAAAGGUUCGUACAUCGCGAUCUGGCGUGUCGAAAUUGUCUGGUGGGUUCAGACUUAGUGGUGAAAAUCGCUGAUUUCGGCAUGUCGCGAGAUAUCUACACCUGCGAUUAUUACAAGAUUGGAGGAUCACGUUUGCUACCAGUUCGUUGGAUGUCACCGGAAAGCGUGAUGUACGGAAGGUUUACUUUAGAAACUGAUGUCUGGAGUUUCGGUGUUGUCCUCUGGGAAGUAUUCUCAUUCGGGAAGCAACCUUAUUACGGUCACAAUAACGAAGAGGUUGUAAAACUCAUAUUACAAGGCAUCAUGCUUCUUCCGCCGGAUGAAUGCCCACCUGUCAUUUGUCAGAUAAUGCACGAUUGUUGGAAGAUGGAACCGCGGGAACGAAUCAAGUUUCCCGACAUCCUGGAUAGGCUGGAGACGGCACAGAGCAAAUUGAUCCAGCAAGGAUCAUUGCCCAGACCGCCGCAGGGUCCUGUGACAGUUCGUACCCCGGAUGUCUUGGAUCCAGAUGGUUACUUGCUUCCGGCUCCCGCGACUCCUCGUGAAUAUCUGCAAGCUCUUCCAGCUCUAUCCGACUGAUAGCAUAUUUAUGACGUAACAAUGGAACAAUUGUCUCUGAAUCGCAAUUUUCCAAAUGCGCGCGCGAAUGCGAAGCAAUAAAGUGACGGAGAAAUGUGAAUGAUCUAAAUUCCUCGAGUGAAAUAAGAAUAUGUAAUACUUCGAGAUUGUGCGAAGCAGUCACAGCUCAUCAGUUGAAAAGUUGAAUGAAUAUAACUUCUCAACUGAUGAGCACAUGGUCCAUUAUAAUUUGAUGGAAUAUAGCAAAUAAUAUGCCACGCUUAUUUGCAUAAAAAUCAAUCUGUAUAAAAACAAAAUUUUUAUGCGAUAAUUCUGCGAUAAAUUAAUUUUUCACAAUUUUUUCAUUUUUUAAAUUUUUUAAAAAUUGUAUAUUUUCUCGUAAUUAAAUUUGCAAUUCAAAUUUUAGCUUAAAAAAAAAAAAUUUUACUUCAAAUUGAUUUAAAAAUUAUGAAUAUUUCAGCAUUUCCGCUAAAAAAAUUAACAUACUGAACAAAUCUUAAACUAUAAUGGUACAAGUAAAUAUUGAACUAUUGAGCAAGAAUUAUCGUAAUGAUUGUUGUUAAUGUCAACAAAUGUAAAUUUUGUUUUUUACGUCAAGAGAAUGUAUACGAAAGCUUGUAAUAUUAAAGAUAUAUUAAAGAUUCUGAACGCGUGCCCAUUCACGAGAUAGUAUUAAUGUCGUUUACAUAUAUGUUAGAACUAUUUCUGAAGUGUAUUGUUGUAAUAUUGAUAAUUUGAUAAGUCUGCAGAGUAAAAUAAUGAAUAAAACGUUAAUGUGA